AUGACACGGCGCCGAUUGAAGCACGAUAAAAAAACAAAACUAGAAGAUAAAGCAUUCGAACCAGCGGACUUUUCCUACUGGGACCCAUACUACGUAGAUUCUGAAAUAGUGCAACGGUACAAGCGAAAUAUAGAAGAAGGCGAAGACGCAUUUGCAGAAGCGGAGGUGACAACCGUAGAGACCUCGACAUCGAAGCCCGUCAAACAACAUUUGGGACCGGCAAUCGCAUUGACAGGAAUAUUCGGUGCUUUGUUUAUUAUCCUGCCGUUUCUCGUGAAGAAGGGACCCAAUAGAGGCUGGGUGACUAUUUACAUUGGGCAAAUGAACCCUUUAAUGGGACCAAGACUCGAGAACACUACUGUUGCUUGGAUUGCACACAAAUUGGGUAAUCAAGUUGUAAGAGGCAACUCCAGCAGUUCCGACUAA